AUAAGAUUACUGAACACUAGUCUAUCAACAAGUAAACAACUCAUCAAACUUUGGAUAUUUUAAUCUUUACAAAGUUAAAUUAAAUUUAUUUUUACAAAUUACGAAAGUUGGAUUGGGCAGAAGACUUUUACAUACAAGCACUGGUGCAGAAAUAUUUAUAAACAAUCCGAAUAUCCCAUUAAUUGCAAUGUUUAAGAAGUCAAAACCACAGGUGACACCACCACCCGCAGCUCCCACUGUUGAAGAAAUGCUCGCUGAUAUUGACACUUUUGAAAUAUGCCAGCCAGCAGGAAGUACCAACGCUAGCAGCAGUGCAGCUUUUGAGCAUGCACUGCUCACGGAACCCGAGAAUUUGUCCCUUGAAACAUGGUGGCAGGUGUUUGACGAAUAUGACCAAAAAGUCAAGAAACUGGAGACUAUGGAGGGAACUUUGGACGCACAUAAAGAAAAGCUACUAGAAUGUAAAAUAAAACUAGAGAAAAAUGCCAAAGAUCUGCGUGAAGGUAUCAGUAAGCAGCAGACGUUAAUUAAAGAGGUGAUUGAUUGUUAACCAAUAGAAAAAA